CGUACCGGAAAUGGUUUGAACUGUCGUCAUCUUGUCCUGGAAGAGCGGAGUCGACCUGGAUUCAGCCAUAUUCCCGCUGAUCAGCCACACCGGUGGCCCGCCUGGAAAGCACCGAAAAACGAGCAGAAACCCUCCAGCACGCUCUCCCACGGCAUCCCAGGGGGACCGCCGAAUAAGUGACUCGGUCCCGGUGGAGCCGGGCGAGGUCCCGAGUUUUUAGGCCGCCGGCCAACAUGGAGCAGCGGCGGCUAACGUGAGGAGACAUCGCGGUAGAGGAAAGUCCAGAUUUGUGGUGGGAUUAAAGCACACUCAGACGCGGGCCUGUCGGUCGAACGGAUCGACACAUAACGGACUGACGGUACCGGCGGAGAAGCUCCACGACGACGCCGCGCUAUCGGGAAUGUUGUCGCGGAGCUAACGAGAAGGCGGCUAUCGGAGUUUAGCAGCAAACGGAGCCUAAAAGGAGGCUAACAGGCGGCGACUGUGUGAGGAUGUCUGCCCAAGUCCGACUGAAGCGGCUGGAGGAGUCGCUGCUGGAGCGGAAGGUGGCGGGAUGUCUGAGCGUGGAGACCUUGCUGGACCUUCUCAUCUGCGUGCACAGCGAGUGCUCCAACUCACCCCUCAAGAGGGAGAAGCACGUCAGCGACUUCCUGGAGUGGGUGAAACCCUUCACAUCUGCUGUCAAAGACAUGCGACUACACAGAGACGACUUUGAGAUGUUGAAGGUGAUCGGGCGAGGAGCUUUUGGCGAGGUUGCCGUGGUGAAGAUGAAGAACACAGAGAGAGUUUAUGCCAUGAAGAUUCUCAACAAGUGGGAGAUGUUAAAGCGAGCAGAGACGGCGUGUUUCCGUGAGGAACGCGAUGUGUUGGUGAAAGGAGACAGCCAGUGGAUCACCACGCUACACUUUGCUUUCCAGGAUGACAACUACCUUUACCUUGUCAUGGAUUAUUACGUGGGUGGAGAUUUGUUGACACUGCUCAGUAAGUUUGAGGAUCGCCUGCCAGAGGACAUGGCCAAGUUCUAUGUGGCUGAGAUGGUGCUCGCCAUCCACUCCAUCCACCAGCAGCACUACAUCCACAGAGACAUUAAACCUGACAACGUCCUGCUGGACGUCAAUGGUCACAUUCGACUCGCUGACUUUGGAUCUUGCCUGCGUAUGAUGGAGGAUGGAACAGUGCAGUCCUCAGUGGCAGUGGGCACGCCAGACUACAUUUCUCCAGAGAUUCUGCAGGCCAUGGAGGACGGGAUGGGCCGCUACGGUCCUGAGUGUGACUGGUGGUCUCUAGGAGUGUGCGUGUACGAAAUGCUCUAUGGAGAGACACCCUUCUAUGCCGAGUCUCUGGUGGAAACUUAUGGAAAGAUCAUGAACCACGAGGAGCGUUUUCAGUUUCCCUCCAAUGUGAGCGACGUGUCGGAUUCAGCAAAGGAUCUAGUCCAAAGGCUUCUGUGCUCCAGUGAGCAUCGGCUCGGUUUGAACGGGAUCGACGACUUCAAGAGCCACCCUUUCUUCAGCGGCAUUGACUGGGACAAUAUCCGCUCUGCUGAAGCGCCCUACAUCCCAGAUGUGUCUUCUCCCACAGACACGUCCAACUUUGAUGUGGAUGAUGAUGUCCUGAAGAACCCGGACAUCAGCCCACCAGUGUCUCACACUGGUUUCACUGGGCAACACCUCCCAUUUGUGGGCUUCACUUACACCACUGAGAGCUGCUUCUCUGACCGUGGCUCUGUCCGGCGGGCAGAACUCUGCCGGGAGGAAGGAAGUGGGGGCCAGGAGGUGGAGGCCUUUGAAAGGAGGAUCCGCACUCUGGAGCAGGAGAAGCAGGAACUGAACCGCAAAUUGCAAGAGUCGACUCAGGCCCUGCAGGCUCCGCAUCGGGGAGGAACACUGAGUCGAGACAAAGAAAUCAAGAAGCUGAACGAGGAAAUCGAGCGCCUCAAGAAGAAGCUGGCAGACUCUGAUAGGCUGGAGCAUCAGCUGGAGGAGGCGGUCACCCUUAGACAAGACUACGAGAGCUCUGCCUCCAAAGUAAAGAGCCUGGAAAGGCAGGUGAAGAUCCUGAAACAAGAGAAGGACGACGUCAACAAGCAGUUAGUGGAGUCUCUGGAGCGUUUGAGGAGCCAGUCAAAAGAACUUAAGGAGGCUCAUUCUCAGAGGAGGUUGGCCCUGCAAGAGUUCUCCGAGCUGUCUGAAAGGAUGGCUGAGCUGCGCUCGUCAAAGCAGCGUCUCUCACGUCAGCUUCGAGACAAAGAGGAAGAGUUGGAUGGCAUCCUCCAGAAGAUGGAAGUCAUGAGACAGGAGAUCCGCAAGACUGAGAAGAACCGCAAGGAGCUGGAGGCUCAGCUGAAUGAAGUUAAGGCAGAGGCAUCCAAGGAGAGGAAGCUGAAGGAGCACAGCGAGGUUUACGCCAAACAGCUAGAGACUGAGCUGGAGAGUUUGAAGUCUCAACAGGGACGCGGAGCAGCAGCAGGGGGGGUGGAGUCCCAGCAGGAGCUGUCUCGGUUGAAGGCGGAGCUCGACAAAAAGGUUCUGUUCUACGAAGAGGAGUUGCUGAGGAGGGAGUCUGCUCAUUCUUCUGAGAUGAAGAACUUGCGUAAAGACCUCCACGAGUCGGAAUGUUUGCAGCUUGCCACCAACAAGGAGCUGCUACAGCUCAGGGACAAGUUGGAUAAGGACAAGAGGGACAGACAAGCGGAGAUGGACGAAGGCAUUGCUGUCCUGAAAGAGAAACAUGAACGAGAAAAAAACCUCCAGAUGGAAGAAAAUCGCAAACUGAUGACUGAGACAGACAAGCUGUGUUCCUUUGUGGACAAGCUGACUGCUCAGAACCGUCAGUUGGAGGACGAACUUCAGGAUCUGUCGUCCAAGAAGGAGAGUGUCGCUCAUUGGGAGGCUCAGAUUGCUGAGAUCAUUCAGUGGGUGAGUGACGAGAAGGAUGCUCGUGGUUACCUUCAAGCUUUGGCCACCAAGAUGACAGAAGAGUUGGAGACUCUACGCAGCUCCAACCUGGGGACCAGACCUCUGGACCCUCUGUGGAAGGUGCGUCGCAGUCAAAAGUUGGACAUGUCUGCCCGCCUGGAACUGCAGUCGGCUUUGGAUGCCGAGAUCCGAGCCAAACAACUGGUCCAGGAAGAACUACGCAAGGUCAAAGCUUCCAACAUGGCACUGGAAAGUAAGCUGAAGGAGUCAGAUGACAGGAGCAGAGAGAUGGUGGAGCAGAUGGAGAGUCUGAAGAAGGAAGUGGACGACACUCGAUCGCGCUCAGACAAAGCACUGAACCUUCCCGACUUCCAAGACGCCAUCUUUGAAUACUUUAAUACCUCUCCGUUGGCGCCUGACCUCACCUUCAGAACUGCUGAUAUAGACUACACCCCCAUGAAAGCCGAAACCACGCCCCCCUCAUCCUCUGCCUCUGAGAAUGAGGAUUUGAAGGCGUUGUCAGUCUCAGCGAGCCCCUCCCUCACCUACCAAAGUUCAUCUGUGACCCCACUCAAGCCCAAAGCUCACCAGCUCAGCAUUAAGACCUUCUCCAGUCCGACACAAUGCACCCACUGCACCUCCCUGAUGGUGGGACUCAUGCGACAGGGAUACGCCUGUGAAGUAUGCUCCUUCAUCUGUCAUGUGACCUGCAAAGACCACGCUCCGCUGGUUUGCCCAAUCCCAGCUGAACAUGCCAAGAGACCGCAAGGUGUCGACGUCUUGAGAGGCAUUGGGACUGCCUACAAGGGCUACGUCAGGAUUCCAAAGCCCAGCGGCGUGAAGAAGGGUUGGCAGCGAGCCUUCGCCGUGGUCUCUGACUGCAAACUUUUCCUUUAUGACGUUCCGGAGGGGAAGUCCACUCAGCCUGGGGUGGUGGCCAGUCUGGUACUGGAUCUCAGAGAUGAAGAGUUCUCUGUCAGCUCUGUCUUGGCGUCCGAUGUCAUCCACGCCACCAGGAAGGACAUCCCUUGCAUCUUCAGGGUGACGUCAUCGCAGCUCAGUUCCUUGCUGUGUUCCGUGUCUCUGCUGGUUCUGGCUGAGAAUGAGACGGAGAAGAGGAAGUGGGUGCGCAUCCUGGAGGGUGUCCAGAGCAUCCUGACCAAGAACUCGGUGAAGAAUCAGCAGGUCCACAUCCUGCAUGAAGCCUACGACGCCUCGCUGCCCAUCAUAAAGAGCACGCUCUCUGCCGCUGUGCUGGACCGGGAGCGGGUCGUCCUGGGAACGGAGGACGGGCUGUUUGUGGUGGAGGUGACCAGAGACGUGAUCGUGCGAGCGGCGGACAGUAAGAAGGUUUAUCAGAUCGAUCUGAUCCCGAAGGAGAAGAUCUUUGCGCUGUUGUGCGGGCGAAACCGCUAUGUCCAUCUUCACCCUUGGGGGGUGCUGGAAGGCAACGAGUCCACUUUUGACGUCAAACUGACCGAAACCAAAGGAUGCCAAGCUCUCACCACCGGGGUUCUGCGGCCUGGCGGCGCCGCGUGUCUGCUGGCUGCUGUAAAACGGCAGGUUCUGUGCUUUGAGAUCACUCGUGCGAAACCACAUCACAAGAAGCUGUGGGAGGUGCAGGCUCCCGGUACGGUGCAGUGGUUGGGGAUGGUUCGGGAGCGGCUUUGCGUGGGCUAUCCUUCGGGCUUUGCGCUUCUCGCCCUUCAGGGUGAGUCGUCGCCCAUCAGCCUGGUGAGCCCGGCGGAUCCAUCGCUGGCCUUCUUAGCCCAGCAGCCUCUGGACGCCCUGCAUGCGUUGGAGGUGGGCUCCAGCGAGCUGCUGCUCUGCUUCAGUCAGCUUGGUGUCUUUGUGGACGGACAAGGGCGCCGCUCGCGGACCCAAGAGCUGAUGUGGCCCGCCACACCGCUUGCGUGCAGCUCUAACUCCUCCCACCUGACCGUCUACAGCGAGUACGGAGUGGACGUCUUCGAUGUUCACACGGCAGAGUGGGUCCAGACCAUCUCUUUACGCAAGAUCAGACCCCUGAAUGUUGAAGGGACCCUCAACCUGUUGACUUCAGAAGCUCCUCGCCUCAUUUACUUCAGCAACGCGUCCUCAGAGGGAGACCUGACUAUCCCAGAGACAUCAGACCACAGCAGGAAGUUGAUGGUUCGAACUCGCAGCAAGAGGAAGUUUCUCUUCAAAGUUCCAGAGGAGGAGCGACUUCAGCAGCGGAGGGAGAUGCUGAGAGAUCCAGAGCUGAGGUCCAAGAUGAUCUCAAACCCCACCAACUUCAACCACGUGGCUCACAUGGGACCAGGAGAUGGCAUGCAAGUUCUCAUGGACCUCCCCCUGGUUGGUGAUGUGGGCCCCCCAUCCCCGUCGCCCUCCCCAUCAUCCUCCACCUCCCGUCACACCCUCAUCUCCUCCCCCUCCCACUUUGAACACAUCUAUCACAUGACGUCAUCGUCGGCCGGCGUCUUCUUGCUGAAAGACUCCACCUCCUCCUCCUCCCAGCAAAGCCUCCUGCAGCCCUCCUCCUCCUCUUCCUCUCCCUCCAUCUCCUCUCUGGGAAGGGGUGUGAUGUCUUCCACUCAAGAGGAUGUCAUCAAAGAUAAGCCCCGCCCACUCUCCAGCAUCUCCCGGCAACAAAGGAGCAAGACGUACAUGACCCGCACAGCGUCAGAUUUUGGGGGAGGAGCUUCGUCUCGCGGUGCUCAUGAAGUGGACCAAGACUUGGACCGAGAGCCGGACUCUUACUCCACCCCGUCUAACAGCUCCAACCCCAGCAGCCCCCCCAGCCCCAAUUCCCCCCAUCGCAGUCAGCUGACUCUGGACUCUGAGCCUUGACACACACGCACGCACGCACACACACACACACACACAUAUGCACACACAGUUGCAGAGGCGACAUGGUUUUCAAUUUUAAUCCAAUUUUAUUGCGAUUGCGAUGGUGUGACGAAGCUUCCCGCUCUUAUUUUUGGUUUUAAGUUUGUUUUGUUGCUAGGAAACGCUGCUGAUGGCUGCCUUGUUUAACUCCCGCUAUUAAAUCAUUUUUAUUCAUUCACACCAUUUCCUGUUUGACUUUGGAGCAGCUGUUGCUAACUUCCUGCCUGGAAAAAACAAACACUGUAUUGAAGUUGCACAUUGUUGUUGUAGGAAAAGAAAAAAAGGAUUGAUUAUGUAUCAGUGAUUUUUAUCCUUCCUCUUGCCCUUAACCUUUGACCUCAGUGGCCGCGGAUGGGGGGUGGGGUGGGGGGUCACUUCUGAACACUACUGCUUAGAUUUCCCCCCCACCCACAAUCACCAGUUAAAAAUGUUUGUAAUGACAUGACAUAACACGACAAAUAAAAGAAUCUACUGAUGAAAUCUGCUUCCUUUCCGUUGGCGUCGGUUAGCAGGGUGUGGCUAAUGCGGCAUCCAGCAUUGCCCCGCCCACAUGUACAACCUCGGCCCUGUGUGCCACCAGACUUGGACCAAAUGCUUCAUCACCAGCCUGGCGAGUCCAAUGUUUCCCCAAUCUCUGUCCAAUCAACUUGGAAACGGUGUAGCCAAUCAGAAUAGAGCGUCCAUCAGGUCAAACACGAAACACACAGUGGAGUUGAUCAUUUUCAUAUUUGAAUGACAAACUUGAUUUUUUUAUUGUUUUCAACCCAAGUAAGUCAAAGUGAUGACUGCAGAAAGCUUAUCCCCGCUGCCCACUCGCUGAUGCUUGUCAAUUUUUCCAGCGGAUUUGCUGCAAGAGAAGAAGAGGUCAGAUGUCAAAUGAUGAUGCAGCUGAAAGACAACCCUGUCUCUUCCUCACUGGGUUGUUGAGCAGCUCGUCGAUCUUCCUGUCCUCCACUGACCCCGCCUCAACCUUCCCUCGGUAUCCCAGCAACAGCUGCCGGUCUUUCAAGUCCCGGGCCGUCUGAUUGGCAGAGAGGAACAGUGACGUGAGAGAUCAAUGUGCUGGAGUAACAUGGGAGCCCCGCCCUUUCCCCUCCCCUCUCACGUUGAUGACGAUGUCGUGACAUUUGUGUUUCUGAGCCAGAGCGAUCCUCGUGUCCGCGUCGUCCACCAGGCCCACGUAGUCCUGCAGCACCUGUCAAUCAAGUGUACUUGCAGGUCAUCAGAAGUUUAAGAGUCAUUGAGGUGGACUUGAGUCCAAAUGGAACAUUUGCUGAGAUUCUUCAAGACGUCUCUGUCAGGUGAGGCGCUUACCUGCGUGGGGGCAGAGUUUUUCUGCAGGAUGUCAACAACUUUUUGGAACCGGAGCGGAGAUUUUUUCCUGGUGAAGCCGAGCCAGUUACGGCUGGUGAAAAGCGCGUCCACGUCAGACCACGCCUUCAGCUUGGCUCGCGCCGCCAAUGCCGUCACCAAGAACUGCUUCUCCGAUAUCUGGGAUCAAAAGGUGGCACCUCUUCACACGUCCACUCAAACCUCACGUCCAUCAAGCUCAUCGGCACGCUCACCUUGAAGCUCUGCCGGAUGUUGAGGGGACUGCUGAAGCUCCCCUGGAGAGGUGCAGCACAACUUAUUAAAGUGAGCAAAGUGGUUCCGGGGAAGUGAACUGACCUCCGGCUGAGUGUAGUGGUAGAAGCAGCAGUAGUACAAAGUGGUGAUGAGCGGCAUGUGGAGGAUGGAAGCUCUCCUGGGGAACUUCUGGAAGAUUUCCAGCUUCCCUCCUUGUUCUGCCUGACGGUCUGUUACCUGUCAACCACACAGAACCACCAACCAACCUGACUGAAAAACUCAUUGGAAAUUUAAAAAAAAAAAAAAAAAAAGUCCCUCAUCACCUCCAUGAUCAUCUGCCUCUCCAACAGAGACACCUGAUCCUGGACCUGGACCUGGUCUUCAGGAGAAAACUGCAGACUGCAAACAAACUAGUCAACUUGCGGAAGCGCCUUCACCAAGUCCAUGUGCCCUGCAGCUGUCAAUCACCUCAGGCAGCUCUUCAGGAAGUCCCGCCUCUUAUUUUCAUCUGUGAUGCUCAGGUGGUCUUUGUACUGAAGCAGCUGUCGUCAUGGAGACAACAAACUGCCUGUCAAGUCUCAGGCGUACCAUUACUUACUUGUACUUAUUUUGCAGUAGUAGUAGUCUGUGAUCACGUUACCGUUGCGUCUUCCAUCCGCCCGAGAGCUCUGACAACAAAAACAAAAUGAACAUCCCCUAAAAACCUGGCGAGAGACAGAAAAUAGACGGGCACCUGAACAGGUCCAGUAAGUGCGUGUGCUCGCCGCUUUCCUUCAGGUAGUGGAUGAAAUGUCUCAGCGCCGUCUGUCUGGCCUCCAGCU